UCACUUCCCCUGCUUUCCUGCAAGGAUCGAAGAAUAGCAUGUUUAUACUGCAGACAUUACAUCAAACGAUAUCGCUAACGCAUGGCGGUAAUUCUACAAAUACAAACUAGUAAUUACGAACGAUAGCCGUUUAUGCAGAAUAAGAUUUCUUCAAAUUCGGAAAAAUUUCCGACAAGCAUGUAUGAAACAAAAGGAAGGAACAGCAUGGAUGAGCAAGCAAUUGGGCGAACACCUGAAGUUACCUCCGAACGAGGACUUUGUGAAACUCUAUUAACAUUUCUCUGUGUUGCUUUGGUCAUUGCGACCUUUCCACUUUCGCUCUUUUUCUGCAUUAGGGUGGUUCAGGAGUACGAAAGAACAGUUAUUUUUCGACUAGGUCGGUUAGUUCACGGAGGAUCAAAAGGGCCAGGAAUAUUUUUCAUCUUACCGUGUAUCGAAAAUUGCACAACUGUUGACCUUCGAACUUUAACCUUUGACGUCCCACCUCAAGAAGUCUUGACUAAGGAUUCGGUAACCAUAUCGGUCGACGCUGUUGUUUAUUACCGGGUUCAGAACGCCACGGUGUCUGUGGCUAACGUGGAGAACGUUCACCACAGCACAAGUCUGCUUGCCCAGACUACUCUGAGGAACAUGCUCGGUACUCACAAUCUGCACGAGAUACUGGCUGAGCGAGAACAUAUCUCUAACUCUAUGCAGAGUGUCCUUGAUGAAUGUACUGAUGAUUGGGGAAUAAAGGUGGAAAGAGUUGAGAUCAAAGAUGUACGUUUGCCAGUCCAGUUGCAACGUGCCAUGGCUGCUGAGGCUGAAGCUGCACGCGAAGCUCGCGCAAAGGUCAUUGCAGCCGAAGGGGAACAAAAAGCAUCUCGAGCUCUGAUGGAAGCUUCUGAGGUCAUUGCACAGUCUCCGGCAGCUUUACAGCUUCGUUAUCUACAAACUCUCAACUCUAUCUCAGCAGAGAAGAACUCUACUAUCUUAUUUCCAAUCCCAAUAGACAUCAUCGGUGGCUUGAUGAGGAAAGAAGAGUGAAUGGAAGCACUGUAUCAAAUAGAACAACUGUAGAUGAUAAAAAUGAUUAAAAUAAUAUUUAUAUAAGAUGUGAGCUCAACUAGCAAAAUGAUCACUCUUUUGGGCAUGCUACAAGAUCGUUCAACUGUAUAUAUAUAACGACACCACUACUCAUAAAUGUAUUUUAAUCAGUAGACAAAACAACUCUGAAAUUUUGUCUCCAACAUCUCUCAUAUUCGUUAUGUACUGUAAACUUGGUAUAACUUACAAACCUAUGGUAAAUAACGCACUUUUCUGUUUCCACUAAACAUUAGUACCACAUAUCAUGUUAUUACUAUUAUUUUCUCGUUUGUUUAUUUCUUUCUUGUACUUUAAUAAUUAUUUUUCGUCUUUUGUUAGGAUAAUUAUAAGUAAAAACACUACAUAGUCCACAUAUUUUUAGUCAAUAAUUUGGGGGUGCAGGUUCGCCCUGUCGUAUAUCUCUGGAUUUUUGAGCUGCCGAGCCGGGCUCGAAUCCGUCAGAUACUACAUAAUCUUCCCCCUAUUUUAAUUCGUGGGCGCGUUAUAAGAGUGAUAUUUAAUCCCUUAGCGUGACUGAUGGAUGGUAGGGUGCUGCUGACUGGUUGCCUUCUCUCUGGUCAGUAGCUUAAAAUUAGGGACGGUGGUAGAUAGCCUUAAUAGCUUUCUCGUAAAUACAAGAAAUACAUACAAAAACUGUUUCAAAUAAAAUAAACAGUAUUUACAUAAAAAUACUAAACUGUUGGAGGAAGGUUUAACUGUUUUCAUAAAUCUAUUCUAAUAGCUCUUAAAUCGUUUCUCUUUUUUUUUCUCCCGAAUAUUAAAGUUAGAUAAAAAUCUAUCAAAAAUUAUCCUAUAGGAAAAUGUUACUAAUUACAAAUUUUAUGUUUUUGUCAACGUUCUCUGUAUUACUGUGUGAAUUAAGACUGUUCUUAAAAAAUAUCUUAAAGAACGUACUUGGUUUUGUAUAUAAAGAAGAACAUAAUUGUUUUUGUUGCUCAUUUGCAAUUAAUUUGUCGGAAAUCUGCUUAGCACCGUUUCCGCAAGAGGGCUUAAUGGAGUUUGGAUGGUAAUAACAGACCCUACACCCACACUAGAUGUAAUAUAUAGACUAGAAGACUAGUAAACAAUAAACGUGCUUAUUAAGUAUGAUGAAUAUUUAUAUUUCAGUUUACGAAGCUUUCUAUUUAAUGUAAUUCCUGAUUUUAAAAAGUCAGGCAAAUUGUCAACUAAUUUUAUUUUAAAAUUCUUAAAUGUGAGUAGUGUUAUGUUGUUUUAGUAUCUAGUAGUCUGUUUUCACAUUGUUAUAACCAUUAAAGCAAAAUCAGAGAAACUGCUUCACAAAUAUUUCACUUGAUACAGUAGAUAGUUCAGAACUGGUCCGCAGCAGAAUGACCAAGUAUUUUUAUAAAAAGAAAGUGUUCUAAACCGACUGAACAACUUGUUUUAAAACGAACAUUUUCUUCGAAUCAGAAAAAAAAAAAUCUGAAAUGACCAUAACUUUCUAUUUAUGUGAUUCCGUGUUUUAGUGGUGUAUAUUGUUUUAAAGAAAUGUAGAAACUGUCAGAAAUGGAUAUCUAACAGCUUAUUUGUGCUUUUGUGAUAGUCAUGACAUUUAGUCAAACGAUUUGUGAGUUGUAUAUAACUGAGAAUAAAAAAGUAAGCGAAACUUUACAGCACAGGUUGUUUUCUAUUCUACAGAUAAUUACAAUAAUAUAAUUGCUUUCCUCUUUCAUCAGUUGUUUCCUUGUAGAUUAGUAGUUUAGUUUAACAUAUAAUAAGUAUUUUUAAUUGAAUUAUUGAACAGCUAAACCAAGUAUAAACUUGUUUUAAUUAACAUUCAAAUAUGCAAUAUUCGAAAUCAAAUUUAAAUGUUUAUGGUAUAUUCCAAUUGUAUUCAGAUAAUGGAUUAAGAUGUUGUUGAGAGUUAUGAAUGUUACUGUCUAGGUUUUAUUACAAUAAUAAAAAGAAUUAAAUACCAUUAGCAUCCUUACGUAAGAAAGUUGAUUACACGCGCGUAUUUAUACACAUGUUCUUGAUUUUAUGAAAUCUGCCCUAUCUUGUAAUGCAUAUAUGUGAAAUCUACUAGCUGUAUUUUUAUGUUUUUGUAGUAUAUAUGUGAAAGCUGUUUAAAAUAAAAAAAUAAAUAUGUAUGUUAGGUAUAUUCUCAUUAAACUCAGUGAAUCAUUGUCUGUGUGUGAAGUGUGAUCGGUUAACGUGUUAAAAAAUAAAAUCACAUGAGCUACAAGUUAAAUCUUAGAUCACCAUAAAAUUACCUUUACUAACAUGUGAUCAAAUUAUAAAAAGUUAGCUUAUUUAUGUUGACAUUUUAAUUCACGGAUUAUACUUUCAGAUGGUUUCGUUUUGUGAUUAAGACGCAUUUUGUAUAAUUUUACGUGUUUAAAGUAAAUGUUUGUUGAUGUAAGAUUUUUUACCGUUAUUUCACCGUAGUAUUUAUCGCAUAAUACUACCUUACUCCAUUAUGGAUAAAUAUAGAUCACAAAGACCUACUUAAUAAUUGUAUGUACUUUUCUUUCUUGGCACUUUAAGUAAUUAAUUAUUUAUGUUGUAUUUUAGAUACCCAAGUAAUUUAAGAAUAUAAC